CUUUAACCUGUGCAGAAAAAUGGCGGCGUCAGUUUGCCGAGUCGGGAGCACCGUGGGCCGAGCCCUCGCCAAAAACCGCAAUCCCAUCCUGCUGUCUCUGAGACGUGGCCAGGCCUCAGUCAGCUAUGCCCAGAGCCUGGUGGGUGUCCCGGAAACCCGCCUUACUACCCUGGACAACGGCUUGAGGGUGGCAUCUGAGGAGACAGGACAUGCCACAUGCACCGUUGGACUGUGGAUCGGCGCUGGCAGUCGCUAUGAAAGUGAGAAGAACAACGGAGCGGGCUUCUUCCUGGAGCACAUGGCUUUCAAGGGAACCAAGAAGCACCCUCAGUCAGCCCUGGAGCAGCAGGUGGAGUCUAUGGGGGCUCACCUGAAUGCCUACACCUCCCGGGAGCACACUGCAUACUACAUGAAGACCCUCGCUAAAGACCUGCCUAAAGCUGUUGAGCUGCUGUCAGAGGUAGUGCAGAGCUGCUCACUGAGCGAGGCAGAGAUCGAGCAGCAGAGGGGCGUGGUGCUGCGUGAGCUGGAGGAAGUGGAAGGCAACCUGCAGGAAGUUUGCCUGGACCUGCUGCAUGCUACAGCCUUCCAGGGAACCCCACUGGGACAAAGUGUGCUGGGACCCUCUCACAAUGCCAGGACUCUGACCCGCCAGGAUCUAGUGGACUACAUCAACAGCCACUACAAGGCCCCUCGCAUGGUGCUGUCUGCUGCUGGAGGUGUGAACCAUGCCGAGCUGGUCGGAUUGGCCAAAACUCACUUCAGCGGAGUGUCUUUUGAGUAUGAGGGAGAUGCCGUCCCUGUGUUGUCACCUUGCCGAUUUACAGGCAGUGAGAUCCGUAUGCGUGAUGACGCUUUGCCUCUGGCACACGUUGCCAUUGCUGUGGAGGGGGCCAGUGCCGCCAGCCCAGACAUCGUACCGCUCAUGGUGGCCAACUCAAUCAUCGGCAGCUAUGAUCUCACCUACGGUGGCGGAAAGCAUCUGAGCAGCCGUCUGGCUCGUCUGGCAGUAGAGGAGGGUCUGUGUCACAGUUUCCAGGCCUUCCACUCCUCUUACAGCGACACCGGCCUGCUGGGCAUUUACUUUGUGACUGAGAGGAUGAGCAUUGAAGACAUGAUGCACUGGUCCCAGAAUGCCUGGAUGAACCUGUGCACCACAGUGACAGAGAGCGAUGUAGCUAGAGGCAAGAAUGUUCUGAAGGCCAGCCUGGUUGGACAGCUCAAUGGAACUACACCAACCUGCGAUGACAUUGGCAGACACAUCCUGAACUACGGGCGGCGUAUUCCUCUGGCUGAGUGGGACGCUCGGAUUGAUGCCGUGACCCCCAGGAUGGUGCGUGAAGUCUGCUCCAAAUAUCUCUACGACAAAUGUCCUGCUGUGGCAGCUGUCGGCCCUGUUGAGCAGCUACCUGACUACAACAGAAUGCGCAGCGCCAUGUACUGGCUGAGGUUUUAAGAUAAGUUGUCAAGUUGCUCCACGUGUCCCACGUUUGCUCUUCAUCCUUCCUCCUCAACUUCACCCCCAGUUCUUCCCGUCAUCACUGCAAGAACGAACACCUGAUGAUUGUCCAAACGUCCGCUCGACAGCGCAGGCAGACCUCCAUCUGUCCUCUCUCUUCUCCUUCACUUCCAUGCCCCCCUCUCUUAUCCCGCCCACUGAUCACUCUUAGUUAGCCAUGUGGGGGGCAGCUAGUCUUGAAAUGACAUUGGUUACCUCUUGGUUGUACUGCACAGGUCCUUAUCACCAGGUACAGACUUAAAGAGGGGAGGGGAGAGAGGGCAGACUUUAAAACACAAAGUAAUCCAUCUGCUGUCACAUCAGGACGUGGUACAGGCAGUGCUCAACACAAACAGUUUGGAGCAAGAGUAUAUUUAUAAUUUCUGAAGAUUGUUUUUGUCCUCUAUUGUACAUAACAGAAGCUCUCAUUCCGACAAAAAUAAAAUACUGUAAAACA